AUGGAGUACCAUACACUGUUGCGCCACAUCCCGACACGAUGGUUGAGCCUGCUCCCUGCAAUUGACAGACUUAUCAACACCUGGCCAGCUGUGCGGAGCUACUUCUUUUUGCUGGGAGAGGAGGAGUACCCCCGUGUCCUCUGGGAUGUGCUCCGGGGUAACGAGCAUGGAGAGGAAAAUGAAUGCAGCGAGUUGGAGAUGGAGGAUGAGCUUGACCUGGAUGAGCUCUACAACGAGAGCUGUGUUCUGAAAGAGAUAUUGCCUCAUCUGGAGAUACACAGUCACCCUGUAGGUUACUAUUGUGUGCUUUAUUUUGCAGCUUGCUCCUCUGAUGAGUCCUCUAAUGUGGACGUUGUUCAGGAAGAUGUAAAAGCAGUUCGAGCUGGAGAGGAUGUGAAUCUUACUUGCUCCUUUUCAAAGCUUCUGCAAUCAACAAAAGCAUGGUUUAAACAGACGGCUGAUGGAAAAUCUUUACAAAUUGUUUCUUUACAAUUAAAUCAACAACCCAAUUGGAAUAAGGACUUUGAGAAAAUGAAUCGUUUUAAUGUUAUCAAAGGAGAUGGUCAUUUUGAUCUGACCAUUUUAAAGACAAAGUCUUCAGACUCAGCAACAUAUUACUGUGUAGUCACAUCAUAUAACAUGAUUGGAAUGGGUGCAGGAACUAGAUUGAUUUUUAAAGAUGGACACUCAACUCUUCAGCAGUCUUUGAUAGACACGCUUCAUCCAGGAGAUUCUGUGAAUUUGCAGUGCAGCAUCUUCACUGAGAGUUGUGCAGGAGAACACAGCGUCUACUGGUUCAGACAAAGCUCGGGAGACUUUCAAGGAGUCCUUUACACCAAAGGAGAGAGAAAUGGUCAGUGUAAUAAGAGCAGUGAGUCUCAAACGCAGAGCUGCGUCUACAAUCUCCUCAAGAGCAACAUCAGUCACUCUGACACUGGGAUUUACUACUGCGCUGUGGCCGCAUGUGGAGAGAUACUGUUUGGAAAAGGAACUCAACUAAAUGUUAGAGAGAGUGGUGAUGUGACUCCAAUUCUUUUUGCUCUUGGAAUUUUAAACAUCAUAUUUUUGGCUCUUGUUGUUUUUCUGCUAAUAAAACUAUGCAGGGCUCAGAACAAAGAAUGAAGACACCAUGAAUUAUGCAGCCAUUAGUUUUGCUCAGAAACCUCUAAAUGCUAGAAGGACCAAAUCAAAGAUCAUUCAGGAUCAAUCUCUGUACACUCAGGUCAGAUCACAGCAGUAACAUCC